AUGAAUGAAGAACAAUUCAAUAAAGUAUGUGAUACCAUUGAAUUGAAAUUAGAUAAUAGAGACACCCCCAAUGAAUUACUGGAUCGUGGAAUAUUAAAGUCAAGUUUGGCAGUGUCUCCGUCGUUUCAUGAUAGACAAAGCAAGAUAAGAUUCAAACGAACCACACACCAGCUGGAUGCAAAGCUGUACAACCGACCGGAUAUCAACCAGUUGAUCGACACCAAUAUCGUAUAUCAAGCGCAGACCGAUGUCGCACCGGCGUUGCAAUCAAAGAAGAAGCAACUUCAAUUCCAACAGACCGCGACACAACUCAAUCAGAAGCUAGACAACCGUCCGACGCACUACCACCUCGUAGACAGCAAGAUCAUCAAGAACCAAGAGGAUCCCGACAGACAACAGCAACAACAACAACAUUCAAACAGUAGACUCGAUCGUAAACUAAUCAAUAGACCGACACCAGAUGAUCUAACCAAUCGUAAUAUAUUAAAAGAUAAUGAAUCAUCACCAUCUAUUCAAAACAAAAGGAAUAUAUUAAAGUUUAAUCAAACUAAACAUUUGUUGAAUUCAAAGGUGGAGAGUAGACCGACCAAAGAUAAGCUGUUGGGUAAUCAUAUUCUAUUUGAAGAUAAAGAGGAGAAUCAACACGACAACAACAAUGAUAAUGACGAUGACAAUUGUAAUAAUAAUAAUAGUAGUAGUAGUAAUAGCAAAAAGAAUGUACUAAACAAUCAUUUCAGUAAUAGACCAACUAAAGAUAAACUUGUCUCAAAUAGAAUACUUUUAAAGUCUAAAGAUGAUUCUCAACAACAACAACAAUGCGCAGAAAUAGAUAAUAAUAAUAAUAACAAUAAUGAAGAAGAAUACUAUGAAGAAUAUAGUGAAGAAAUAGAAUCGGAUGACGAAAAUGAUGAUUAUGGUGAUAAUCAAUUUACAAUCAAAGACAAUCCAGAUUUGGAAUAUGAGUACGACGAAUAUGAAGACGAAGACGACGAAGAGAUGAUGUCAAUCAACAAAGAUAGUAUAAGAAACAAUCCAUAA